CACGAAACCAGUGAUACCACAAACCGUUCAUACAAAGCCCGUUGGAAUCUGUGAGCUCGGUCCCAAAUUCCUUGGAGAUGGGACAAGCAACCGAAACAGCCAAGCGAGCUGUCGUCAACCCCAGGACGACCGAAUUUGAAUUCGGUGGUCGGAUCGGAGCGAUCGGCGUGACUUUAUCGGUCCCGUUCUUCACCUAUUGGCUGAAUCUGGCCUGUACUGCUCAAACUGGAUGUUUGCUGGGUCCCCAAAUCCUGGACCUUCGGACUCUAUGGAACACGACCAACUUCUUCAGUCUCGAGGCUUGCUACGUCUAUCUUGGAUGGUAUAUGUACCUUGUACUCUGCUGGCUAGUACUCCCUGGAAAAUCGGUUGAUGGUACUGUCUUGAGAGAUGGCACACGAUUAUCUUAUAAAAUUAAUGGUCAGUCCCCCUUAAGAAGGAAAACCUGGACAUGAAGAGAAAGAAAAAAAUUCACG